AUGGGACAACCUAGAUUGACUAAUAGGUCUCUUUUUGUCCCUAAAUGUUGUAUGUUCUGAUAUGUUAAAUAUCCAAGAAGGCCCUUGUGUCUUGGGGCAAGAUUAAAAGGGAAGAUUUCCUACUUCAUCAGGGGCUGGUAGCUAGCUUUUUAGCAGUGAAAACAAUAUAUGUGUAAUAUGUUUUGCAUAUUUUGUAUUAGCAUUACAUUUGACAGAUAUAAUUGGAAAUCAAUCUCCAGGCCAUGGAAGGGGAUGACAUGUCCUUGUCUAAGCCAGCCUAUGGAAAUCAGUUUAGUACAGCAAUAGGCACAAGCUUACUGAAGCAAUUACACUGUUAAAAUUUUCUCAGCUUUGCAUAUGUGGCUUUAAUCAAAUAAUCAGAACUUCAACUUUGUUACCUGGGUCUAAAACAGAAGUACAUCUUCUAGGGGUCUUGCUUAUAAAUCAUUUGACUUUAGUUGAAAAAUGACUAUAAGACACUAGAAUCUAAUUCUUAAAUUUGUGGAAACAGUCUUGAAAGUGCCAUGCAGGUUCAUAACAAUUUUACGCAAAAUAUUACUAGUGUAGUAUUUACCACAUAAAUAUUAAAGUUAGCCUGAUUAUAAAUUUGAGUUCACUCACUAAAUUAAUAGUACAUUAUUAUUAUUCUACUCAAUGAGAGGCCACUUGAUCAAAUCAAUAAUUCAAAACAAAAUGUAAGUAAAUAACAUGUAAUUCGAAAUCCUAAAGUGGACACACCAUAUACUGUACUGGAAUAGUACAUUAAGUCAGCUGAUGAAUUCAUUGUGACUGGGGUUUGAAAUCACAAUACCUUGUCUUCAGUGAUUUAACAGGACUCUGUGAAUGAGAACAAAAAAGGAAACUUUAAUAUCAGGAACUCAUGACUUCAUAUUGGUGCUGUGAUCAACUUGAUGCAGUCCCCCAGUUUUAUUGAGGAAAAGUUACCAGUUUUUAGUUUCCCAUCAUCUCUAAAUUUUUAUUCUGAUGAUCAGUCAUCUCAUAAGCAAAUUCUCACACUAUACAAUCCAUAUGAUUUUCCAUUGAAGUUUAAAGUUUUGUGCACUGCACCACAAAAAUUCACUGUUGUGGACCCAGAAGGAUCAAUAAGACCCCAAUGUUGCAUAGAUAUUAUAGUUCGUCACAAUGACAUCACACAGAACAACUAUGGAGUCACUGACAAGUUUCGAAUUCAGGUGCAAGAACAUGGACAGCAUCAAUUUCUGGGAAAAAAAGAUAUUUCAGCCACUCUGUAUCCAUCCAAACCUGACACUAAUAUAUCUUCUAGUGCUGAGUCGGAACAAUUUGAGCAGCUAUCAAAACAGUCGAUGCCAAUGGUGCAAGCUAGACAGUAUUCUAUCAAUGGAGUACAAGGAAGAAGUAACUCAGGAUUGAGUGUAAUUGUGAUUUUAGCUGCCAUUGUGUGUAUAAUAGCUUUGAUGUUACCAACCAAAGGAGAAUCAGUUGGAAGCCUACCUCCUUAUGUUCAUCUUAGUGUGCACCAAAAACUUAUUGCUGCUUAUACUUUAGGACUUGUAACUAUGGUGAUCUUCAGGACUUGAUGCAAGCCUGUGCCUAGAGCUUAACAGAAUGACUCAGUCAUUUGCUUGAACGAACAGCAGUGGAAUAUCGUGUUUCCGAAGUUUUACCAUAGCAUUUUCUUAUUACAUGGUGAAGAUACUAAGGAAAAUGUGAAGUGUUUAGGAAGACUUAAUUUUAAAGUUUUGCUGUUUUUUUCUUAACAGCUAGUGCAUGUUUAAUAUAAGUCUGUAAAGUUAGGCUUGAGUGAUCAUGUAUUUUACUGAUGUCUAAAGGAAAUGAAUUUUGUGUUAACACUUUAAUUUGAAUGACUUUAGAAUUUUUUUAUGUAGUAAAAUGUGUUUUUAA